GAGGUCUGAGCCACAAAUCAAGAGAGAAAAAAAAAAGUAUUUUUACAAUUUGCCUUUUUAGUAAUUAGUAAUUUACAAUUUGCCUUUUAGUAAUUACUAAAGUCUUCGAGUGAAAACCUGUUUACUGGUGAAUAUGCCGUUGAUCGUAAUAACUGGUCUGCCAUCCAGUGGCAAAUCGACACGUGCCGCUCAAAUUCAAAACCUCUUUGAAGACCGCGGUAAAACUGUCCAUUUGGUGUCCGAAUGGAAGUGUAUCCAAUUGGCUGGAUAUGAUAAAAACGAUUACUUCAAUGAUCCACAGAAAGAGAAGCUCAUAAGAUCGAACGUAAAAUCGGAGGCCUUGCGAUUUCUGAACAAGGAUGAUCUGGUAAUAGUGGACGGUGCAAACUAUAUCAAAGGAUACCGGUAUGAGAUUUUCUGCGCCAGUAAAGCAUCAAGAACCACCCAAUGCACCGUUUAUUGUGCCAUUACUAAAGAUCAGGCAUGGAACUUCAACGAAACCAGGGAGGCAGAAGCGGAAAAAUAUCGAGAGGACAUUUUUGAAGCACUGUGCCUGCGGUAUGAAGAACCACAACAUAACAAUAGAUGGGAUAGUCCACUGUUUACCGUAUUUCCCGAAGAAGAGCUGGACGAUGACCAGCUCUAUAAGGCGACAUACGCAACAAGUGCAUUGGUGCCUAAUUUGUCGACGCAAAACCCGCCGUUGAGUUCGACUAACUUCUUGUUUGAGAUGGAUAAAAUAACCCAAAAUGUGAUAGAACAGAUUCUGUCGGCACGUAAACUAGGAUUGAUUGGUUCGGUAAAAAUAUCCGGAGCUGGAGACAUCCUCGCCGAGGUACCAGCCGAUAUGAACGCAUCUCAGUUGAAUCGUUAUAGGAGACAGUUUCUCAACUACAUGAAACUGCACACAACAGCAGCAGUUACAAUUGAUAAAAUUCCUUCAAUGUUUGUACAGUUCUUAAACUCAAAUUGUGAAUAAAUAAUUUGUUGCAUAAACGAUUGA